AUGGGAAAUCACAACAAUGUGACAGAGUUCAUUCUUUUGGGUCUUACAAAGAACUCAGAGCUGCGGAAACUGCUUUCUGCUGUGUUUCUAAUCAUGUAUGUGGUCAUGGUGCUGGGAAAUGUGCUCAUCAUAGUGACCAUGAUCACAAGUCAGAGUCUGAGAUCACCAAUGUACUUUUUCCUUACAUUUCUGUCCUUAGUGGAUGUCACCUUUUCUUCUGUCAUUGCUCCAAAGCUGAUUGUGGACUCCCUUUUUGAGAAGACGAUCAUCUCUUUUGAAGGAUGCAUGACCCAACUUUUUGCAGCACAUUUUUUUGGAGAUGUGGGGAUUAUCAUCCUCAUUGUGAUGGCCUAUGACAGAUAUGUGGCCAUCUGUAGACCUCUGCAAUACAUGACCAUCAUGAGUCCUCGGAUGUGUUGCAUUCUUUUGGGAGGUGCUUGGGUAGGGGGGUUUGCACAUGCAACCAUUCAGCUUCUAUUCAUGUAUCAAAUACCUUUCUGUGGUCCCAAUGUCAUAGAUCACUUUUUAUGUGAUUUGUUUCAGUUACUGAUACUGGCAUGUAUGGACACCCAUACCCUGGGUCUCAUUGUCAUCUUCAACAGUGGGGUGAUGUGUGUGGCCAUCUUUCUUAUUCUUAUUGCCUCUUACAUGACUAUCCUGUGUUCUCUGAAGACUCACACUUCUGAAGGAAGACGGAAAGCCUUAUCCACGUGCGGUUCUCACUUCACAGUUGUGUUGUUCUUUGUGCCAUGACCUGUGUCAACCUACCCCAUUGACAAGGCAAUGAUUGUGUCUGAGUCAAUUGUCACACCCAUGUUGAACCCCUUGAUCUACACACUGAGGAAUUCAGAGGUCAAAAAUGCCAUGAAGAAACUGUGGAUGAGACAGUAG